AUGGCCCUAUCCACCUUCUUCCGCAGUCCCCCUCUAGUCUUCACAAGUUCCAUCAUCCUGCGCGCAAUUUUCCUCUUUUACGGCCUCUGGCAAGAUGCCAAUUCCCCCAUGAAAUACACAGACAUUGACUACUACGUCUUCACCGACGCCGCGCGCUUCAUCUCACGUGGCCAGUCCCCCUACGCACGGGAUACCUACCGCUACACACCCCUCUUAGCCUGGCUCAUCUACCCGACCGUCUGGCCAGGGAAACUCUGGUUCUCGUUCGGCAAGGUAUUGUUUGCGGUUGGGGAUGUGGGGGCCGGCUGGAUGAUGUAUCGGAUUUUAAAGAGGGAUAGGGGCAUGGGGACCGAGAGGGCGUUGAAGUUUGCGAGUAUUUGGCUGCUGAACCCCAUGGUGGCCACAAUUAGUACGAGGGGGAGUAGUGAGGGGUUGCUGGGCGUGUUUGUAACGGCGUUGCUUUGGGCGGUGUUGGCGAGAAGGGUGGUGGUCGCGGGAAUGUUGUUGGGGUUUGCGGUGCAUUUCAAGAUUUAUCCGUUCAUCUAUGCGGCGAGUAUUAUGUGGUGGUUGGACGAAACAAAGAUUGGAAAGAACAAGAAAAAGAAGAACCAGUCCGAAGCAAAAGACCAAACCAACACAUCACCCAUCUCCCAGCUCAUCCGCUUCCUCAACCCUCAGAGAAUCACCCUCGCAAUAUCCAGCCUCACCACCUUCAUCGCCCUCAACAUCGCCAUGUACGCCGCAUAUGGCUACCCCUUUCUAGACCACAGCUACUUCUACCACCUCAUCCGCAUCGACCACCGCCACAACUUCUCACCUUACAACACCCUCCUCUACCUCAACUCCUCACCCAAACCCGCCUCCUCACCCACCUCCUCCACCCUCGAACUCGAACGCCUAGCCUUCCUCCCCCAACUCCUCUUAAGCGCAAUCUUCAUCCCCCUCGCCCUCUCCAAAAAAGACCUCCCAAGCACCAUGCUCGCCCAGACUUUUGCCUUUGUCGCUUUUAAUAAAGUCUGUACUAGUCAGUAUUUCCUAUGGUACAUGAUGUUCCUCCCUUACUACCUCCCCACCUCCACCCUCCUCCGCUCCCCCCGCAUCGGCCUCACUGCUCUCACGCUCUGGAUCCUGGGCCAGGUUGCAUGGCUGCAACAAGGCUUCCAGCUCGAAUUCAACGGCCGUUCUACAUUUGUACCCGGUUUGUUUCUCUCGGGUCUGUUUUUCUUCCUGGUGAAUGUGGGGAUUCUAGGGGUUAUUAUUGCGGAUACGAAAGGUAUGGCGGGGAGGGGAGGGGCCGCGGUGGGGAAGAAGAGGGUGUAG